AUGAGUUCAUUUUACAAUGGUACUGAUAAAGGCGCAGAAGGUGAUCCGCGUUCUUCGAUUUGGGUUGAAGACGCACAAACGUCAGAGACAAGGAAGACUACAACGCUAAAAGGAGACUCUUCAGGCACUGAAUGUGAUCUGUUUGAGGAUGAUGAUAAUACUGAUACAUUUAAUGGUGGUGGGGUUGAACUAGUUUGGGAUGAAGAAGUUACAGAGCGCUGCUCAAAUUUAGAAGAUGAUUCUGAACAUGCACUUGAGGUACAAACAGAGAAGCUACAAAUGACUAUGUCACCCUCAUUAAGUGCACUCGCUGGCAUUUUGAAUGAAAAAACCAAGAAAGCUGAAGAGAAGAUGAGGCGUGGCUCUAUUGCUAUUUUGGAAGAAAGUAUUGCAGAAAAUGACCUUACGGGCGAAAAAUACAUGCCGCACGGAAACACUUCAACAAGGAAUAUACGCCCUAAAGCUCAUAAUGCCAAAUCGCCCAAUUUAGUAAAUAUUGAUGACGAAAAUUUGUCUGAUUUUAAUCAUAAGUUAUCUUCUCUUGGAAAAGAGCAGAUCAGUGUUAUUGAGCCGGAUUUUCUCAGUACGCCAAUAGUGCAGCCCAUGACACCAGAAUUUCAGAAAACGUAUAAUAAUUCAAGCGCGCAGGACUGGAGUGUAAAUUCAGUCACAUCACGCAUGAAAUCCUCUCAUAGCGGUAGCAGUGAUGAGAGGCCCAGGGCUAAGUCGCUGACGAGUACUGUUGAAACGGGAACCCCAGCUACUUCAAAGGACUCUGUGGAUUCAAUACAAGCUAACCUCGAAAGACUUAAUGAGCAAGCUAAAAACAGUCAACGGAAAAGGCGGAGCGUUUUUUCUUUCUUGAGAAAAAUAACGCCUAAUGUGAACUCUACUGAGAAUGUUACUUCAAGUAGGCGACAAUUCUCUUUGCCAACAUCAGUUACCUUUUCUGUGACGUCUCCGACAGAUGAACCGUCGCGAGUAUUUAACAGACAGGAAAGAAAGUCUACAACUGGCAGCAGCCUAUUUAGCAGCUUCAGAAGGAGCCGCAUUGAAAGUGAUUCUUCUGUUUUCAUAUCAAAUGAAGAGUUCUCGAAACCCUUGCCGCUACCCAAGCCUAGAGAACGUAAUUCUGGAAAAAGUGCCGAUAAGCCUACUAGAACAGAUGGAUCUAAUAGCAAGAUUACCAAAAGGUAUUUUAACGAGAAUACGAAAUCUAGAGAAACCGAAAAAGGCGUUGUGGAUGCUCCGAAACCAGCGGGACGUUUUAGUAAUCGACCACCACCACCACCAAUCGAAAAACUCUCUGCGGAAAACUUGCAUCCCGAGGACGCAUGGUUAAAGUUGCCAGGGAAUGAAGGGCUAUUCCCAAAAUCACUUGACCCGCAAGAGGUUGAUUCUAUUGUUUCGAUUGAACGUACUCGCUCUCAAAGGUCAGCUAGGAACUCUACUCAUUCAUAUAGAAGAUCCUUUACGGAUAUUUCAACUCAUGCUCAAAGCGAGGGUAUGUUCAUUGCGGAAGCAUCGGACGUUCUAUUAUCAACACCAGAUUUGACUAAGUCACCUACUGGGAGUAUUUUAAGAAACACAGGUACAUUUGAACCUCCAGAACUCGACAAAGAUAACCUUAACUUGGUUAUCGAUACAAAUGGAGCUAGCCUAGGUACCGGAUUAGAAAAUGACAGUCAUCCUGAUGAAGAUAAUUCAUUUAGUGUAAUACAAGCAAAACUUAACGAGCUAACUGUUGAUACUUACCAGGAUGAUGAAGGGUAUUCAAGCAAGAAUAUAUUAACAAAUCCAGAUUCUUUAGACUCGAAAGGUACGGAUACAGAAUUUAUGGAUGAUAUAAUGGAGUUUGCCAACAUAAUUGACUUUGGGGAUGACUUGCAAUUGGAUCUGGAUCUUAAUAACAACGACUAUGAGUACAAAACUUUGAAUCCGUGUAAUGAAUAUGGAAGUGAGAAAGAAAAAACACCUGUAAAUAAUAGUCCUCAGUUCUAUGAACCACGCCAGAUUAGCAUUGGAGGCGACCUAUUUCAGGUUCCGUUAACCCCUGGAGCUUCCUACGACGAGUUUGAAAGUGAUACCUAUCCCGAAACCGAUGUUGAAGGCGCAGAUCUUUAUGGAACCAUGUCUUCCAUGCAACCAAUUGACCCAUACCUCCCAUCGGCCUCUAAUACUAGCCGCCCAUACUCGAUGUCAUUCAGAGGUCUAGGCGCUCGUCAAUUUAAUAGUUCUCACGAUUUAUCUAUUUUUGCUAGCAGUGUGGACUUGACUACUACGGUGGGGAAUAAAGACGAAUGCGUUCGUUUUUCAUCCAAGAUUCUCUUACACGAGACAUAUUCCGAAGAAGAAUAUGACAGGCGACCAGAUAUAGCAACAUGCAAUCAAUUAACGCCUCAACUUGGGCAACUUAUUCGGGAAGAGUUAAACUGUAUCAAGAGCGAAAUGGAAGUUCAUGAAGAAUCGCGAUGUUACACGCAUUUCUUAUAA